UGCAUUGAUAUUGUAUUAUUUUAAUACAAAUAAGAUAAAACAAAGUUGAAAAUAUUUGUAAUCUUUAUUUUAAUAUUUGUAUAUUUUAAAUAUCAUUGCUGAAUUGCUAAAACUGUUGUUUUAAAAGAUCAUAAAACAUAAACAAAGUUAAGACUGUUCUAAAAAAAAUUUAUGCAACAGUUUGUAUAUGUUUAAAAUAUUCCGCUAAUUCUUUGAUAUGGCAAAACAUCAUCCUGAUUUAAUUUUUUGCAGAAAACAACCAGGAGUUGCAAUAGGAAGAUUAUGUGAAAAAUGUGAUGGUAAAUGUGUAAUUUGUGAUUCCUAUGUAAGGCCUUGUACUCUGGUUAGAAUUUGUGAUGAAUGCAAUUAUGGAUCUUACCAGGGUCGAUGUGUUAUUUGUGGAGGACCUGGUGUAUCUGAUGCUUAUUACUGCAAGGAAUGCACGAUUCAGGAGAAAGAUAGAGAUGGUUGUCCAAAGAUCGUAAAUCUUGGAAGUUCGAAAACUGAUCUAUUUUACGAAAGGAAAAAAUAUGGAUUCAAGAGAAGAUAAGAAUUGUUAAUAAAAAAUUGUAACAUGUAUAAAAUAUUUCUAGUAUUAUAUGUUCUAAAUAAAUUGCGUUUUUUGUAAUAA